UUAAUUAGAUUAAUUAAUUGAAACCAAAUCAUCGUUUUUUUCGCACCAAGUAUAGCUCAAGUCAACAAAACAUUUUCAUGAUAAGCUUAAGUGAUAACUGUGACCACAACCACGAACACCAUCACCACCACCAUCAUAGUGACCAUGGCCAUGACCAUGAUCAUCAUGAUAACUCCCACUCUCACUCCGAUGGAGUUGCAUCAGCAGGAUCCGAUUCAUAUGUAGGUCCUGAUGGGAAGGUGUACCACAGCCACGAUGGUCUCGCGCCACACUCUCACGAACCCAUUUACUCUCCUGGCUUCUUCACCAGAAGAGCUCCACCUCUUAUCAACAGGGAUUUCAAUGAAAGAGCUUUCACCAUUGGCAUCGGUGGACCAGUGGGUACUGGGAAAACUGCUUUGAUGUUGGCCCUUUGUGAAUUUUUGCGGGACAAUUACAGUCUUGCUGCGGUGACAAAUGAUAUAUUCACAAAAGAAGAUGGCGAGUUCUUGGUGAGAAAUAAAGCACUUCCGGAGGAAAGGAUACGUGCUGUAGAAACUGGGGGCUGUCCACAUGCUGCGAUUCGAGAGGACAUCAGUAUUAAUCUUGGACCAUUGGAAGAGCUUUCAAACUUGUACAAAACAGAUAUACUUCUUUGUGAAUCUGGGGGAGAUAACCUGGCUGCCAAUUUUAGCAGGGAACUGGCUGACUAUAUUAUUUACAUAAUAGAUGUGUCUGGUGGUGAUAAAAUUCCUCGGAAAGGUGGUCCUGGAAUCACGCAAGCUGAUCUCCUUGUGAUAAACAAGACUGACCUUGCACAAGCAAUUGGGGCUGACUUGGGAGUCAUGGAGCGAGAUUCUCUUCGGAUGAGAGAUGGGGGGCCAUUUGUCUUUGCACAGGUGAAGCAUAAGGUCGGGGUAGAAGAAAUUGUGAAUCAUGUCAUACAGGCAUGGGAGGCAGCUACAGGGAAGAAACGUCAUUGACAUUUCUUCGAAAUACGGUGUCAUCAUCACACGUUAUCUCUUUACACGCAUUUUAAGUACUUCAGCAACAUCGUGUUCUCUACUUGGAGCCUGAGCUCUUGUGUAGUGUCUAUUUGCAUGUUUCAUUAACAACGCCAGGAACAUGUUACUACUUGGACCUUAUCAGUUUGUAAGAGCUUUCUUUUCUAUAUUGUUAUGGUAAACUCCCUUGGCAUAAUAAUUUUAUAAGUUAUGAGAGUUGUUUCA